AUGUCUCCUUUCUUCUUGUUUCCAGUGAUAGAAAGGCUUCUCCCCGAUGCAGCUCUGGCCUCUCUGACUCUGGAUCCUGACACUGCCCAUCCCAACCUCAUCCUGUCUGAGAACCUGACCAGCGUGAGAUACGGAGACAGAAGGCAGCAGCUCUCUGACUCCCCAAAGAGGUUUGAUACCGUUGUCAGUGUCCUGGGGUCUGAGGGCUUCAAAUCAGGGAGACAUUACUGGGAAGUUCAGGUGGCCAAUAAGACAAACUGGACAGUGGGUUUCGCCAGAGAAUCUGCCAACAGGAAAGGAGAAUUCACACUCUCACCAGAGAACGGAUACUGGGCUGCGUGGUUGAGAAACGGUACUGAAUAUGAAGCUGGUGAAUCACCUUCCAUCCUUCUGUCCCUGACAGAGAGACCCGGGAAGCUGGGUCUUUACCUGAACUAUGAGGGGGGACAGGUGAUAUUUUACAAUGCUGAUAACAUGUCUCAUCUCCACACUUUCACCCAGACUUUCACUGAGAAACUUUUUCCUUACUUCAGUCCAUGUGAUAAUGAUGGCGGCAAAAACUGUGAUCCUCUGAGGAUCUGCCAGGUGACAGAUUAAUGAGGAGGAAACCCUCAGCCAUGACCUGUUUUGGCUGUGAUGGCCACCAGGCUGGAACCUUUUAUAAUCCGUGUUAUCAUAAAUAAAGCUUGUAGUUUAU